AAAGGCCCAGCCUCACGGCCGGGAUAUGGUAGCCGGGCGUCCUCUCGGCCCCGCAUGUCCAGGGCUUCGUCCAGGGCAUCGCUCGCAUAUCUCCCGGGAGGUGGCGAAAGCCUGUUGUUGCCUGAUGGUCCCAUUGGCGAAGAAGCAGCUGAGCUGUUGCAGGAGUUUGUACAUCCCCAUCAUCAGGAUCGGACCGACGACCUGGUUGACGCGGACGAGGGCGAGGCAGGCGAUAGCGAUACCGCGUCGCUCGAGCGGAUAAAGAGCCUGCCGUGGUACAAGCGACCAAGCCCAUGGUGGUUGCUGGCCAUGGUCCCAGUGUCAGCGGCCGCUACAGGGGCAACAAUGGCCCCAAAGGUCGAGAUCUACACUCAGCUCGCGUGCGCAACACACAGGCCUGAGUUCUAUUCUGACAACGGGACACUGCCGUCGACGUACACGUAUGCGCCAGAGUAUGACCCGCAGCUGUGCGCAAAGGAUCCUGUUGUGCAGAAGGUUGUCGCACAGAUGAACCUUGCCAUGGCCAUAACAAUGGGCAUCCUAACAUGCUUGACCACGGCAUGGUGGGGAGCGCUUUCCGACCGUUAUGGACGCAUUCGCACACUGUCCUUCGCGGUGUUCGCCCUCCUGAUGACCGACGUCAACUUCCUGGUCGUGGCUCGCUGGCAUACGGUGUUGCCCGGCGGGUACUGGUUCCUGCUAGUCGGUCCAUUCCUUGAUGGACUCCUAGGAGGCACGCCUGCCAUCACAGCGGCUAUACAUGCGUAUGUCGCAGACUGCACGGCGCCAGACGAACGAACGCACACAUUCUCGCUUUUCCUCGGCCUGCUCUUCAUCGGAAUAGGCGCCGGUCCAACGGUCGGAAGUGUCCUCAUCCGCCUCUCCGGCAGCGUCCUUUCCGUGUUCUACCUCGCCACGAUCAUUAACCUCUUGUAUGCUUUGCUCAUCAUCUUCGCGAUCCCAGAAUCUCUUAGCAACCGGCGCAUGAUCGAGGCGCGGCGCGUCUAUCGCGAGCAGCUGGAGGAGGAACGACUCUCGCCCAAAGCGCACGGAUUCGGCGCACGGUUGGGGGGCUUCUUCCGCUUCCUGCGCCCGCUCGCUGUCUUCUACCCCACCAGAGUGCGCGAUCAUAUCAACCCGCUCAAGCGCGGCAAGCGCGACUGGAACCUGUUGUACAUCGUACUUGCGUAUGGGUUCACGAUCUCGGUGAUGGGCGCAUACCCGUACAAGUUUCAGUACACGAGUGUCACUUUUGGUUGGGACUCUGAGCAGAUUGGUUAUUGGCUGACUACUGUCGGUGUCACUCGCGCGGUAUACUUGACGGUGCUUCUACCCCUGGUGAUCAAGCUUAUCAAGUAUCUACUGCGGCCAUCCAUCAAACUACCGAUCGAACAAGACGAGCCACUGCAGCCCGCCUCGCAGCCAUCCACUUCCUCUCCCAGGACCGAAUCCCUGCCCAAGCAAACAACACCAACGAACACCUCCCGCAGCAUUGCUCUCGACUUCGGGCUCGCCCGCGUUUCACUCGUGAUCGAGGUCAUCUCGUACGCGCUCGUCCCCUUCGCGUCGAACGGGCUUCGGUACACGGCCGUGACGGUGCUCGGCUCGUUCGGCGCGGGCUUCGGGCCCGCGCUGCAGAGCGUCGCGCUCGGGCUGUACACGCUCCGCGGCGGGACCGAGAGCGGCCGGCUGUUCGGCGCAAUGAGCGUCGUGCAGAGUCUCUGCAGCCAGGUGCUCGGCCCCGCGCUGUACGGCUUCACGUUCAUGAGCACCGUGCGCACGUUCCCCGCCGCGAUCUUCCUCGUCACGAGCGCGAGCGUCCUCGUCGCGUUUGCGUUCCUCACGCUCGUGCGUCUGCCCCGAGCGGGCACUGCGGGUGAGGAGGAGAGGCCUGGUUCCGCGAGCGAGGACGAGGAAGAGGUGUUCACCCCCGAGUUCGACACUGACGUUCCCCGGAUCGUCGUCGAAGACGCUGGCGGGAAGGCUGCCUCGUCUCAGUCGACUCCUGUCCUCUGAACGCCGUUGUAAUAUCAACUCAUGCUCAUCUGCACUACUAUGCCAACCACUUGCAAUAUGCCCUGGAAGUCUAUUCUUCGCUAAAUUCUUUCUUACCUACACAGUACCGCUCCUGAAUGAACAUAGUCUAGCUGUCUCCAUAGCCAACAUAUCAUAGUCCCCAAGUACAAUGUAACACACGUACGCACACACACAACGUAUCUUAAAUAGACGUGCUCCUUCGC